AUGGAGACGGCACUAGUUGUUCCAGAGCAGAAAGAACAUGAACUACCCUGUAUCCGAUUCCGACCACCAAAACGUCCAAAUUAUGGGAGAAUCGGAAGAGAAAUUAUACUUCGAACCAAUUACUAUCGCAUGAAAAUAGUAGCAGAGAAAGUGCAACAUUAUAGUGUAGAGAUGUCGACAACAAUGUGCUCAAGGAAAACAAAUCGAGAAAUCUUCACUCGCUUUCUAGCAACCUAUCCCGACCAUUUCGCUGAUAUGCAUCCGGUAUACGACGGAAAAGAAAACAUGUACACAAAGAAGCUGCUCCCACUGGACCAUCAAAAUCUGAGUGUCGUCUUGUUAGUUCCAGUGGAAAGUGGAGGUAGACCCCGCCUAGUGACAGUAUCCGUCAAAUGGGUUGGCGAGAUUUCAUUGAUGAGUAAUGACAACUUGAAAUAUGAGGCGAUUCAAGUGAUCGAUACGAUUCUCCGACAUGUUCCGAGUCUUCGAUACGCAACUAUUGGAAAGUCUUUCUACUACAAACCACUACCAGAUCAGGGUUUAAGCCUUGGUGGUGGUCGAGAAAUCUGGAUGGGAUAUCAUCAAUCGACGAAGCUAACUCGGAAGGGUUGCAUGCUGAACGUCGAUGUUUCCGCUGCAGCGUUUCACACUGCGACGCCAGUUAUUGAGUUUUUGGCGAAAGUUCUUGAUCUACCGGAGCACCUCCGGAUCUCGGUGAUGGAGCAAGGCAUCACUCACUCCCAACAUCACCAAUUCUCAAAAGCAAUCAAGAAUCUCUUCAUCGAGCUUUCUCACUUCCCAACCCGAAGUAGAAUUCGUAAAGUGAUUAAUGUAACGGAACAACCUGCUGAUGAGUUAAUCAUUGACAAGAACUUACCCGACGGAAGCACCAAGAGGUGUACUGUAGCUCAACACUUUCUGGAACAACAUCGAAUAACGCUACAGUAUCCCCACUUGCCAUGUCUGCAAGUGGGUCUUAUUGAGUUUCCAACAUACUUUCCGAUUGAAGUAUGCAUCCUCGCUGAUUAUCAACGAUGUGUGAAGAAGCUGACAGAGGGACAGAAGUCUCAGAUGAUAUGGGCCAGUGCGAAACCGGCGCCGGAUAGAAUGAGAGCGAUUAGCAAGCAGAGGGACGCCUUGGAAUUUGAACAGGACCCUUGUAUAAAUGAUUUCGGAAUUAAUGUCAGUUCAAACAUGACAGAAUUGAAUGGACGAGUACUACGCCCACCCAGUCUUAUCUACUCAGAUCACAAAUCUCCUCAAAAUGAUGCUUCAAAAUCUCCUACCGAUGGUGCGUGGGACAUGAGACCCUACAAAUUUUUGGAUGGGAUCCAUAUCACUUGUUGGGCAAUCGCGUGCUUCGCCGAGCCAAAAGAAGUCCAUGAAGAUUGUCUGACGAGAUAUGUGCACCUUCUUAGGAAGAUUUCCCAAGAGAGUGGGGUGCCGAUUACUGAAUAUCCGGUCUUUUGCAAGUAUGGCCAUGGAGUAGAGGAAGUGGAAUUGGUGUUGAGGUUUUUGAAGCAGACGUAUCCGGAUCUCCAGUUGGUUCUUGUGAUAUUGCCAGGGAAGCAUGAUUUCUAUCCCGAAGUGAAACGAGUCGGAGACACUCUCCUAGGCGUCACCACCCAAUGCGUUCAAGCCAAGAACGUCGUCAAAACAUUUGCCAAGACAGCUGCCAACAUUUGUCUGAAAAUAAACGCGAAGCUCGGCGGAGUCAAUUGUAUUCUCAACCCUCAAUAUCGUCCACAAAUUUUCAACGAAUCAGUCAUCUUCCUCGGCUGUAAUGUCACUAAUAUAACAGUCACUGACACUGCCAUCCAAUCUGUUGUCUCUAUCGUCGGAUCCAUGGAUGCCCACCCCAGCAAGUACGCCGCGACAGUACGUGUUCAAGAUCAGCAAGAUUUAAUAAAAGACAUGGCUGCUAUGGUGAAAGAGCUACUUUUGAGAUUCCAUAGAAACACUGGAUUCAAGCCGUCAAGGAUAGUAGUCUAUCGUGAUGCAGCUCUAGAGAGCAUGUUUCAUGAAGUUCUGCAAUAUGAGUUGAGAGCUAUCCGAGAAGCAUGUAAAAUGAUUGAAAAUGGAUAUGAACCUGGUAUCACAUUUAUCGCUGUCAUGAAGAGACAUCACACUCGUCUAUUCGCAAAAUACCCUAUGCACCAAACGGGGCAGUCUCGCAACAUCCCACCCGGGACUACUGUAGAUUGUGUUAUCACUCAUCCAACCCAGUUUGAAUUCUUCCUCUGCUCCCAUGCAGGAAUCCAAGGAACUUCAAGACCAACUCGCUACUAUGUACUAUGGGAUGACAAUAAAAUGCCGGCAGAUGAGAUGCAACAAAUGACUUACCAACUGUGUCAUACUUAUGUGAGAUGCAAUCGUGCGGUGUCGAUCCCUGCUCCAGCGUACUACGCAAUUUUGGUGUGUACUCGGGCGAAAAUUCAUCUGUGGGAGCGGGAGCAAGAUCGGGAGAGAGAAGGAGGAUCAGAGGAUUCUGCAAGAUUGGAUCUGUCCCAUUUGGCACGCGCGGUGCAGGUGAGUACCAUAAACUCAAAAAUUGUGCACAAUUCAAAAAACUUUCGACUUUAA